CUUGAAAAACCAGGUUGUUCCGGGCCCACCUGGUGGACACAAGCGGUUCUGAGCUGGGGCCCCACCCACACCGUUAGCUUCUCCCAGUCGUCUCCUGCAAACAACUCGUCUCAAGGAAUCGCUCUCUCUCCCUCUCACUCGUGAGCGUGCUCGACCAGACGGAGCGGGGAGCAAAGUUGUUGGGGAAAUCUGGAAACCAAGGAGUCUCGGUAAUUCGUCGUCCCCUCCACGAACUGCUGAUCUUGGGUGCUGCUAAUAUGAGGCGUAGAGUCCUGCCCAGAUCCUGAAAUUUACGGGGAACGAGUUGAAUCGGAGGUUCGUUAUCCGCCCGCUGAGAAAAUGAGCGGGUCUGAGAAAGAGAUACCCGUCACCGACGAAUCCUCUGGCGAGGGCGGUAAGCCCUCAAGGCAUGAGUUGUUAACAAUUGUAAGGAAGCACUCAAAUUUGUUGGGACAAACAGUAGUUGAUGAACAAGGUUCCUCUGACCCUGAAAUGGAUGAACGCUUCUGGCAUGAAAUGCUGGAUAUGUACUUUAUCCGUGGCAGAGAGCCAAAGGGAUGUCAUGAAGACGAUCUCAUCUUCUUUGUCAAAUUAAUGAACAUGCAUGGGUAUGGUUUCAAUGAUAACGUGGAUGGAGUUUCUCCUUAUUUUGUUCGUAGGUGGGCACCUUUGUUGGAAAGAGUUGUUGGGGAAAAUUUCGAAGAAGUUGACUGGAGGCAGACAUUUUACUUGAAUUUGAUUGCUCAUACUAAAUUCAGUGUGACUGUUGCUAUAUGCAGCAUUCAGGCCUUGGAGAGACAUCAAAAAAUUGCAGAUACCCCAUUAACUCCUGUGUAUAAGGUUACGAAGACUGUCUAUGCAUCUCCAAGCCGUGUUGAUUUUCAGUUGGACUCUAGAAAGGAUGUGGAAACCCGGCCUGCAUACCCUGACAUUUGCUUCGCCAUUGAUGACUUUGAUUCUACUUUUGAUGCUGUGAUUCUUACAGAGAGAGAUCACUGCUAUUGUGUACUCCUUAAUGCACAUGAUGGGGCUGCAUUUCCACAAGACGACAAAUCUGAUGCACUGAACUCUAGUAAGGCUUCUUUGAAGAGUGAUUCCAUGGCUGGGAGCACAACAUCAUCAAAGAUUACUCUCUUCUCAGGCUUUGUUAGCUAUCAAAUGGUUCGGGAAGCAUAUGAUGCUGGGAGAUCUAGAUUUGGCAGCCUUCUUUCUAUCGGUCACGUUCCUGCAAAGACAGAGAAGUUAUUUAUGAGAGGGCCUGGAGGACGUGGAGAAGUUGAGGUUGCUGUUUCAGGAAUUGCUGACCAAAGCAUGCAAGAUUCAGGACCACCCUCACCAGUUCAAAUGGCUAAGAAGGGUUUUGGCAUUGGCAUAGGCAGCAUUGUACGUAAAGCAGCUUCAGCUGCAUCUAUGGCAGCCAAGCAAGCCUAUGUUGCUGCAUCCUCUGCUAGAAAGCUGGAUGAUGAGAUGUUGCCUCUGAAAUGUUGUUUGAUGUCUAUCUGCCUACCAUGGGAGCAUCUUGCUUAUGAUCUUCUCCUUAAGGAAUCUGCGACUGUCAAUAUUUGAUGAGAUAUCCUUCCUCAAGGAAGCUGCAGUUGUGAAUGUGAAUACCGGUUCUGGGAGAGCUUGAAUAUGGGAAAAUUGAAGGUUUUGGACUCUAGGAGACCCUUGUCCUUUAAGUGCAAACUGCAUAUUUUCAUGUAUGUUAUAAACAAAACUGCCAAGUCUCAGGCCAUAUUGUAUAUAAUGAAAUCUUCCAAUGUAUACAACAGAUAAGUAACUGGUGACACUGUUGAUAUUCAAACAUGAUACUGCCUCUCCUUGGCUAUUCAGUAUUGAAUUUGAUUUUGUUUGUCGCA